AUGGCCGAGAAGUCGAGCCCAGCGAAGCCCAAUCCUGCCGCGUCGACGCCGAAAGCGGCCUCGUCCGCCGGCGCCAGUGCCCGCACGUUGACGCCUCGCGCUGGCCCCAAGGCAAAGACUCAGAUUCGGCCGGAGGUGAAGAGCGCAGGGAAGCCACCGACAGAGAGCGCCAAGAAGGCCGAGGCCCCAGCCCCGGAAAAGGCACCCGACCUUACGGGCGAGUAUGGCAAUCUUGCGCUGCUCUUCUUGCUCUACACGCUGCAGGGCAUCCCCAUGGGCUUGGGCCAAGUCUUCCCAAUGAUUCUGAAGGAGUAUGGCGCCUCCUACGCCGACUUGGGUGUGUUCUCCUUGCAGUCGUGGCCUUUCGUGCUGAAGUUGCUGUGGGCACCGCUAGUCGAUUCUGUUUACUUCCGCAGCAUCGGCCGGCGAAAGACGUGGAUGGUGCCGUCCCAGCUUCUUAUCGGACUGCUGAUGCUCUACACGGCCACGCAGCUCGAGUCCCUCAUCGGAACGCGUGAAGACAAGCCUGCCAUCAACACGCUGACCGGUCUAUUUCUGGCCAUGAACUUCCUUUGCGCCACUCAGGACAUUGCCGUGGAUGGCUGGGCCUUGACGAUGCUGCGAAAGGAGAACAGCAACUACCAAGCCACGUGCAACGCUGCCGGGCAAACCUUCGGAUAUGCCCUGGGCUUCACAGGCUUCACAGUUCUGGACCACUUCAAGCUCCUCUCGCUCUCCAGCUUCCUGUUUGGGAAUGGAAUCUUCUUCCUGGUCGUGACUUUCCUAGUCGCCGUCGGAAAGACAGAGAAGCCCUUGCCGGCCGAGGAGGAACCCGAGGGCAUCGUGACGUCUUAUGGUCAGAUGCUCCACAUGAUUGAGCUGAAACACGUCCGCACCCUCUUCGUCAUCUUGGUGACAUGGAAGGCACCUUUCGCAGUCUGCGAAAGUGUCGCGCCGCUGAAGUUUCAAGAGUAUGGCAUUCCCAAGGAGCACAUCGCCUAUGUCACCUCGCUGCUGAUGCCGAUGUAUAUCCUUCUGCCCCUGCUGGCCUCGAGUUGGACGGGUGGGUCCAACCCACUGAAGUUGGCCAUCACAGUUUAUCCACUGCGGGUCCUAACGGGUCCUGUGACAGCGGCCUUGGCUUUCUACACGCCGCCCUCGGUGACUCCCAUCCCCUGGGUCUUCUACACCUUGCUGGUGCUUACGAUCGCAGGUGCUGCGACAGCUUCAGAGCUGAUGUUUGUGUCGCAGAUGGCCUUCUUUGCCCACGUGAGCGAUCCAACGCUGGGCGGUACCUACAUGACCCUGCUCAACACCAUGGGGAACUUAGGAGGCCGCUGGCCCCCCACCGCCGCCUUCUUCCUGGUGGAUGCCCUCUCCUGCAAAGGCGACGGCUGCAGCUAUCAGUACGACGGUUUCUACGUGGUGACGGCACUGUGUGCUGUGCUGGGCGUGCUUUGGCUCGUCCUGACCAAGUCGCUGGUGAAGCAACUUCAAGACUCACAACCUAGUGAGUGGAAGGUCACCAAGAAGCACGCCGACUGA